UCACCCUAGUGGGUCCCGCCUUCCGUUUCUGUUUCCCUCCCUCUCUGAUUUCCCAUGCAAGAACUCCUCGUUAACCUAACCAAAAAAACCGUCCACCAAGGAGGAGGGGACAUCAUUCUACACUGUAAUACCCUUACAUUGUUUGGUGUUUCCUUCACCUCAACCAUGCUUCUUCUUUCGUUCCACUGAAUUUCAAACUUCAUUGCAUUUCAUUUCAAUAAACACGAUAUAUACCAUGGAUGACUUGUCAAGGAUCAGCAACGACCUAGCUCAGAUCGAUGGACAGAUCACCGACGUUUUUCGUGCUUUAUCAAAUGGAUUCCAAAAGCUGGAGAAGAUUAAGGAAUUUAGCAGGCAGAGCAGGCAGUUGGAAGAUCUUACAGAGAAAAUGCGCGACUGUAAGCGGCUUAUAAAAGAAUUUGACAAAGAAGUAAAGGUUUUGGAGGAUAGACUUGACAGAGGAACCAACAAAAUGCUGAACGAUAAAAAGCAAUCAAUGAUCAAAGAGUUAAAUUCAUAUGUUGCUUUGAAAAAGAAAUAUGCUACAAAUAUUGAGAAUAAGCGAAUUGAGCUCUUUGAAGGACCUAGUGAUGGUCAAGUAGAAGAAAAUGUUUUGUUGGCUUCAUCAAUGACAAAUGAACAACUAAUUAAUAAGGGACAUCAAAUGAUGGAUGAAACAGACCAAGCUAUUGACAGGGGAAAGAAGAUUGUUCAAGAGACACUAAAUAUUGGAACAGAGGCUGCAGCAACUUUAAAGUCUCAGACAGAACAAAUGAGCAGAGUCGUUAAUGAGUUGGAUUCUAUUCAUUUUUCAAUGAAAAGAGCCUCUAAAUUGGCCAAGCAACUUGGUAGGCAGAUUGCUACUGACAAAUGUAUUAUGAUGCUAUUGUUUCUUAUUGUCAUUGGAGUGAUAGCUAUUGUUAUUGUAAAGCUUAUCAACCCAAACAACCAGGACAUUCGUGACAUUCCAGGAUUAGGCCCUCCAGCUUUGACCAGAAGAUUGCUUUGGGAUCAUAUUGUUAAUGAGCAUUUCUGACGUGAUGAUUCUCUGCCUUGAAUUUUCAUGGUGAAAUGGUUGGAUGCAGCUCUUAUUAAGCAGCAUUUGAUGCCAAAAUUUGAUAUUAUCAAUGCAUGUUGCUAUAUAGCUGCGUUAUUGUAUUUGUCUCGUAUAUCUCUGUUCUACAUUAUAUUGAUUUAAAAGACGAUACAAAAUGAGUAUACCAAAUAUUUUUCUCAAAA